AGGGACUUAGAAGCCAGCAUUCCAGUUUCUUCACACACAGUAGCAGAAAAAGCAUCAUCUCCUAAAGAUGUCUGAACCUACAAUAAUAAUGGACUCUGAUAUGGACGCUAAUAGCCUGGAUGCUAUGAAAAACGAGGAAGAACUCAUGUGGGAGAAUAUAGAAUGCAAUCGACAUAUGCUAAGUAGGUACAUACAUCCGGGAAAGAUAACGCCAUACCUACGGCAGUGUAAGGUCAUCGACGAACAGGAUGAAGAUGAGGUGCUCAACUCGCUCCGAUUUACAUAUAAGGCUCAAAGAGCAGGUCACUUACUGGACAUCCUUCAUACCAAAGGUCAGAGAGGCUAUGUCGUUUUUCUUGAAAGUUUGGAAUUCUACUACCCUGAAUUGUACAAACUUGUAACAGGAAAGGAACCUACCCGUAGGUUUUCAACUAUUGUAGUUGAAGAAGGACAUGAAGGCCUUACACAGUUCUUGAUGAACGAAGUUAUCAAAUUGCAGCAGCAGAUAAAAGUGAAGGAUGCACAGAGAUGUGAGCUUCUGAGCAAGCAAGAACAGUUCGAGAAUGAGAAAAAACAACUAAAGCUGGCCAACCGUGAGCUGCUAACAUUCCAGGAAAGGUACAACAAGAUGAAAGAGGAAAGGAACAAUUAUAAUGACGAACUCAUCAAAGUGAAAGAUGACAACUACAACCUCGCCAUGAGGUAUGCCCAGCUCAGUGAAGAGAAGAACAUGGCCGUCAUGAGAAGUCGAGACCUGCAGCUUGAGAUUGACCAGCUAAAACACAGACUAAAUAAAGUGGAAGAAGAAUGCAAGCUGGAAAGGAACCAGUCGCUUAAACUCAAAAAUGACAUGGAGAAUCGGCCCAGAAAAGAGCAGGUGUUAGAACUGGAGAAAGAGAAUGAGAUACUGAAAACCAAAAUACAGGAAUUACAGUCCAUUAUACAGGCUGGAAAGCGUUGUUUGCCUGAUUCAGAUAAGGCCAUUCUUGACAUUCUAGAACAUGACCGCCAGGAAGCACUUGAAGAUCGUCAGGAGCUUGUUAAUAAAAUGUACAAUCUACAUGAAGAAAUGCGCCAAGUGGAGGAGUUAAGAGACAAGUACCUAGAGGAAAAAGAAGACUUGGAGUUGAAAUGCUCAACCCUGAUCAAAGAUUGUGAAAUGUACAAACACCGGAUGAACACUAUCAUGAUACAGCUGGAGGAGGUUGAGAAGGAGCGAGACCAGGCCUUCCGAUCUCGUGAUGAGGCACAGACACAGUAUUCUCAGUGUCUUCUAGAAAAAGACAAAUACAGGAAGCAGAUCCGUGAACUAGAAGAGAAAAAUGAUGAACUGAAUAUAGAGCUGGUGAGAAAGGAAGCUAAGAUUGUCAACUUGGAGUCCAAAAUACGUCGCCUUUCCAAGGACAGUAACUGUCUUGACCAGACUCUUCCUCGUGACCUUCCAGUAACUAUUAUUUCUCAGACUCUGGAACGACAGAAGCAUAAUCGACCAGAAGCUGAGGAUUCUUCAUAUUCUGAGGAGUCUCCAGAGGAUAACGACUUCUUCAAUUAUCAUGAUCCUCAGAAACUAAAAAGAAGAAGACCUAAUCUAAAAGGGAUCGGGUUGACCAGAGCGAAGUCUCCAAUAAAUGCUAACAAAGCACCAGAUUUUCAAGAAUGCGCAGGGGAAGAGCCUCCAGAAUACGCUACGAAUCGACCAGAUGUUAAUACAAUGAAGAGUAACUCCCUUGGCCGCUCCUUCACACCUAUCAGUGCAGACAUAGUGGACAAAGCUCAAACUCUGAGAAAUCGCAACUACAGUAUUAUGUCGACAACAGCAGAACCCCCUGCACAAGACUCCAUUGUACGACGGUGCAAAGAGGACGCACCACAUCGGAGUUUCACAGAAGAUGACAGUGAUAGCAUAGACAUGGAUGGUGAUGAAUGUCAAGAGAGAUUCUUCUGUGGACCUCCUUCUAUCCAUUCCUCUUCCUCAUCCCAUCAGUCUGAAGGUCUGGAUGCCUAUGACCUAGAUCAGGUCACCUCCUUCUUCCGGAAGUUCUCACUGGAGAGGCCCUUUCGUCCCUCUGUUACAUCCGUUAGACGAAUUGCUAGCACAUCCAAGCCAGUACAGUCCACCAUGUUAAAUGGAGAUGCCCUUAUGGAACAGAUUUCCUUAGUAGGUGGCAACAACCGAGGUAUUUUUAUCAAGUCAGUACAGCCGGGAUCAGCAGCAGAGCUUGCAGGCCUGAAGGAGGGGCAGCAAUUACUACUGCUUGAAGGAUACAUCAAAGGUGAGCUUCAGAACAUUCCCUUAGAUAGCUGCACAAAGGAGGAGGCACACUGGACAAUACAGAGAUGCAAUGGAACAGUCAUUCUGCACUAUAAAUCAAAUCUGGAGGCAUACAGGAGAUUAGUGAAGGACCUGGAAGAGGGAACUGUCAUGUCUGGAGAUUCAUUUUACAUCCGGCUGAAUCUGAAUAUCUCUGGUCAGUCAGACAGCUGUUCGACAUCUGUGCGAUGUGAUGACAUAGUGCAUGUGCUCGAUACAAUGUACCAGGGGAAGUGUGAGUGGCUUUGUGCACGAGUCGACCCCUUUACAAACAAAGACCUAGAAAAGGGAACCAUUCCCAGUUACAGCAGAGCACAGCAGUUACUUUUGGUGAAACUUCAACGUUUAAUGUACCGGGGAAGUCGAGAUGAAACAGACCUUCAAAACAACACCCUUCGAGCAAUCAGGAACACACUACAGCCUGAAGAGACCUCACCUAUCUCUGAUCAGAAGUCAAGCCCUCGACUCUCUAAAGCAAGCCUCUUCUUUGGACAGAUACUUCAGUUUGUUAGAACUGACAACAAAUACAAGCGAAUGAAUAGCAAUGAAAGGGUGCGGCUUGUUCCGGGGUCUUCCUUUAGUUUAACUCGAUCUGCCUUUGAACUCUUCAAAGCAUCUCCAGAUAAACAAGAAGAUGUGGAUUCAGAGAACCUCAGCAAAAGUCUUAAUCUGAUCCCUUAUAGUUUGGUCCUUCCAUAUCAGUGUCAGCGCAAGAGACCUGUCCUUCUGUCUCCCACAGUGUUGGCCAAGUUUCUUGUACAGAAGCUUCUUAACUCAGGAGGUGCUAUGGAAUUUAACAUGUGCAAACCAGAUAUUUUAACAAAGGAGGAAUUUUGUCAAAGACAGAAAAUUGAGCCAAUAAUCUACUCUCUAGAGAGAAACCCAAAUACGUUUGAAUGUAUUGCACCCUCCAAUGUGGAGGCCGUUACUGCAAAGAGUAAGCACUGUUUACUUGAAACUGGACUCGCAUGUGUCAGGGAUCUAAUCAAAAGAGAAUUGUACCCAAUAAUAAUUUUUGUCAAGGUCUGUGAGAGGAACAACAGGAAAUUCAGGAAAGUCCUUAAGAAACCUGACACAGAGGAGGAGUUUCUGAAAGUUUGCCGGCAAAAUGAAAAGGAACUAGAAACACUGCCUUGCCUGUAUAGUUUGGUUGAAGUAGAGGCAUGGGGUAGCAUAGAAGAGCUUGUCAAAAUUAUCAAAGAGAAGAUUUUUGAGGAGCAGAGAAAAACAUUCUGGGUUGAUGAAGAUCAGCUUUGAAUAACCAACAAACAAAAUAGAUGGGGAACCUGAAAACUGACUUGUAAAGUAAAAAUGAAUCCUUUUUUCAUUCAGCAGAGGUGUCUGGAGAUUAGGAUUAUCUAUCACACAUAUGAUUGUGGUCUGCAAGGAAAAAGCAAACAGUAUGCACGGACUCUUCUUCUUCUUUUGGCUUUUCCCGGUUAGGGGUCACCGCAGCAGAUCAUCUGUCUGCUCAUGAUUGGCAGUGGAGUUUUAUGGUGUUGAGUUGC